GUUGUCGCGGCAGUUUGAAGAUCACCUCCGGAGGCAUCGCAGCAGCCACUCCGGGCUCCUCUGAUGAACGGCCCCCAGCCGGCCUCCAUCCGGGCGCUGCCCCUUCCGAGGGUGGUGCCCGGCCUCGUCCUGACUUUGGCCGUCCUGCUGUUGAUGGUCGGCUCGUCCCUGGCGGCCACGACGGCCGCCCCAAAGGCCAUCGGCCCCUUCGCAAACUACCUGCCGUGGCGGCGCUCGGACAAGACGAGUUGGUUUAAGGGUUGGAGCGGUUUGCAAAUGCCCGAAGGCCCCAACGGAGACAAGACAGAACUGACCGUUGUGUACGUGCACGAGGAAACUCUGGCGGUCGUUGAGCUCGGCAAAGGGCGCACCCUGAGAAAUUGCGAACUAAUCGAACUUUACGAGCCGAACGACCUGAACUUGGCGCAGUCCAUGAUGAGGAACGUCUCCAAAGUGAAAAGGGCGAUCGAGAUCAACUUUGAAGAAAUGAUGGGCUUGAUGGACAGUUGCCAUCAACUGACGACGCCAACCCUGGAACAGCAACCAGAGGCGAGACAGAUCAGUCGAAACGCUCGACGGGUGCCAAGAAACCUUUUGACCAACGCUUUCAGCAAUCCCGUUGCCAUAUUCAGUGGAAUUGUGCCUGGUACAAAAUGGUGCGGAACAGGAGACAUUGCUGCUACUUACUAUGAUCUUGGAUUUGAGACUGACUUGGACAGGUGCUGUCGGGCGCACGACCUUUGCCCCAUCAAGCUCAGAUCUUACCAGACAAAAUACACCAUCACAAACAAUUCUAUUUAUUCAAAGUCCCAUUGCGAUUGUGAUAGUGCAUUCUUCAGAUGUCUCAAGGACUUAAACAGCUCCACCGCCGACGUGAUGGGCAACAUUUAUUUUAAUAUUGUGCAAGUGCCGUGCGUCGAGCACUCCGAAGACCCAAAACGAGAGGCCAAGCCCGACAAACCAGUGGUGAUGCAGUUUAGCAAACAGCAGCUGGCUUAUUGAAAAUGAAAUUUAAAAAUUGUAAAAUUGUGAAUUCAUGAUUGAUAAUUUAUUUCUCUAUUCACACAGCAUGCGUAAUUUUACAUGCAUUCUGUAUGAAAAUAUUAUCGUCAAUGAGUAUGCAAAUUAGAGAAUUUGCUUGCAAUAAAUUUAUAAUUUUUUUAGUAAAACUUAAACCACAUCAAGCAUAUUUUUUCC